CGGGGUGGCCCGCCUGCUGCGGAAAGAGGCCUGCAGUCCCGCGUCGCGGGGCAGGUUCUGGGCUGCUUAGGUUGGCGCGGGUCCCUGGUCCCCGGGGGCGCAGUCGCAGCGCUCCCGCCCUCCAGGCGUCUGAGAGUGCGCGGCCCUGUGCGGCCGGAACCUGGCGCAACUCCUAGAGCGGUCCUUGGGGAGACGCGGGUCCCAGCCCUGCGGCUCCUACUGAGGCGUGCGCUGGUCGGAAGGCCUGGGUAGGUGCAUAGUUGCUAACAAGGGACAGAACUGUCACUGCUGUGGAUGGGGUGCCAGGGGAAGUGCCUGGGCUGAAGUGAACAGUGACACACUGCAAGUCAAGAGCCUUGGAGUCUUUCCCCACUAUUUCAAAUAGUAUAGAACAUAGAGCUGAGUCACUCAAAUAGAGCUGAGUCAGUCACUCAGCUCUUGGACCUCAGAUUCUUAUUCUUAACUGCUAGGGAGAUGGAGACAGAAGUCACAAACUCACAUGCCACCAGGCAUAUGAUGUAAACAUGUAAACUGGGCCAAGGAAUACAAAAGGGAGUGGUGAGCUGGGGACACUGAAGAAUGGAUGCCCUGUCUAGAGGAGUGAAAAUGAAGCAUUUCAUACAAACAACAUGUCUUCGGGCAGUCACUUUGGGAAUCAGGAUAAGGUGUUCCCCCAGUCUGCAGAAACACUGGCAAUGUUUACAAAGCUUUAGGUUCAUUCUUGUAAGUGUUGCUGGUGUCAGAAUAGGAACCUCCCUGCGCUUUGAAUGGAUGAAUGUGACCUCUCCCACAUUCUCCGGUGCUGUGAUGUGCCUUAAACACAGCAAGGUACUUGGACACAAAGCCUGUGCCUGGAGGCCUUAUGCAGUUUCAGACAGACAGUGCAUGGCCCUCGCUACACACUCAGUGCCACUGUAGAUGUUUCUGCCUGGAAAAUACAUAAACACAAAUAUCUGCAGUUGCCAAUCCACCACCGUCUUGCAGCCCCAAGAGAGCCCCAGGAAUCCAGGUUCCUUUGGUAUUUCUGCUCCCUGCCCUUGGUGCAUAGCCUGCAUCCCCAGGACGACAAGAAGGCUGACUGAGCCCUAGCAUCAUCCCACAGUCCAGCUGGGAAGAGAGCCAGCGACAAAGCCAGAGGGAGCUAGCUCCCACACCUCCCAGGCCCAGCUGAGUUAGCUUCUUGAGGCUAUUUCCUGGAAGCCCCGCCUGUGACUUCUGCUGACACCUCACUGGCCAUCUCAACUGCAAGGCAGCCUAGGAAAUGUAGUGCUUACCUGGACGCGUGGAUUCCUGGAAUCGACUCAGGGGCGCCUGGCCUAGGUGGAGCCCACUCCUCAGCACUCACCUCCCUUCUUGCAGUAUUCUGCAGACCCCAGCCCUGUGCCUGUGCUCCUGGACAGCUGGAGAUAAGGAGUGAGCCCUGGAAGAUGCUCAUUCAGGCCCUGCUCAAGAUGCAGUCCUAGUGGGGAUAAGCACCACUUUUGUGUGUCUCUGUGCUUUUUGUUUUGCUGUAAAGACACAGUGAUAGGUUCACAUUGUCGUUUGGACACAACAUGCGCGAUGCGUGUCUUCACACUAAGCCCUAGUCACACUCUCUGCAUUGUUUUUUUAUCCCAUUUUUUUCCUACUGUGGUACAGAACAUCUCACAUAAAAUUGACCAUUUUAACCACUUUUUUUGUUUGUUUGUUUUUUGUUUUUUUGGACAGAGUCUCGCUCUGUCUCAGCCUCCCGAGUAGCUGGGAUUACAGGCAUGCACCACCAUGCCCGGCUAAUUUUUGUAUUUUUAGUAGAGAUGGAGUUUGGCCAUGUUGGCCAGGCUGGUCUCGAACUCCUGACCUCAGGUGAUCCACCUGCCUCGGCCUCCCAAAGUGCUGGGAUUACAGGUGUGAGCCACGGUGCCUGACCCCAUUUUAGCCACUUUUAAGAGUAGAAUUUUCUGGCUGUUUUCUUCAUGUACUGAUAGACACUUGGGUUGCUUCCAUGUUUUAGCUGUUGUGGAAAAUGCUGCUUUGAACGUGGGUGGGCAAGUGGUUUUCAAGACGCUGCUUUCAGUUUUUUGGGUUCAGAGUAACAAACGGAAUUGCUGAGUCAUGUGUUAAUUCUCAUUUUUCUAAUUGUAUAUUUUGGGGGCACAGCACCUCUACAGCAGCGGCAGCACUCGACCUUUCCCCAGUGGUACACAGGGUUCCGACUUCUCCUCAUCCUCACCUACGUGUGUUAUUUUGUUUUUUGGUAGUAGUAGCCAUUCUAAUGGGUGUGAUAUGGGAUCUCAUUGUGGUUUUGAUUUGCAUUUCCCUAAUGAUUAGUGAUGCUAAGCAUCUUUUCAUGGCUUACUGACCAUUCAUACAUCUUUGGAGAAAAGCCUAUACAAGCCUUCUGCCCAUUUUUGCAUUGAGUUGUUUGCUUUGUUGUUGUUAAGUUUUAUCUGAGCUGUUUUUUUAUGGUAGGGAGAGUGGGUUUGUUGGAGUCUCCUUGUCUCUCCCAGAAGGAAGCCAGAAUUUCAGAGAUGGCCAGGAGGAGAUUGCUGGACUCGCUGAAGAGAGACUGCGCAUGAAAGCCCCAGCCACCCAUCAAAUCAGAGAGAAGGAAUCCACCUUCUUACGCUAUGGCAGGUAAGAAAGUACUCAUUGUCUAUGCACACCAGGAACCCAGGUCUUUCAACGGAUCCUUGAAGAAUGUGGCUGUAGAUGAACUGAGCAGGCAGGGCUGCACCGUCACAGUGUCUGAUUUGUAUGCCAUGAACUUUGAGCCGAGGGCCACAAAGAAAGAUAUCACUGGUGCUCUUUCUAAUCCUGAGGUUUUCCAUUAUGGAGUGGAAACCCACGAAGCCUACAAGCAAAGGUCUUUGGCUAGCGACAUCACUGAUGAGCAGAAAAAGGUUCAGGAGGCUGACCUAGUGAUAUUUCAGUUCCCGCUGUACUGGUUCAGCGUGCCGGCCAUCCUGAAGGGCUGGAUGGAUAGGGUGCUGUGCCAGGGCUUUGCCUUUGACAUCCCAGGAUUCUACGAUUCCGGUUUGCUCCAGGGUAAACUAGCGCUCCUUUCCGUAACCACGGGAGGCACGGCCGAGAUGUACACGAAAACAGGAGUCAAUGGAGAUUUUCGAUACUUCCUGUGGCCACUGCAGCAUGGCACGUUACACUUCUGUGGAUUUAAAGUCCUUGCCCCUCAGAUCAGCUUUGCUCCUGAAAUUGCAUCCGAAGAAGAAAGAAAGGGGAUGGUGGCUGCGUGGUCCCAGAGGCUGCAGACCAUCUGGAAGGAAGAGCCCAUCCCCUGCACGGCCCACUGGUACUUCAGGCAAUAACUGUGUGGCAUGUGGGUAUCACAUAAGCAGCACACUAGGAGACCCAGGUGUGGGCAAAGAGAAGAUGGUGCUGUCAUGAAAUAAAAUUAUAACAGCUACCUGGG